CAAAAAGGGAUUAGUGGACAAUCGGCACAGUAUUAUCCAAUCAAAUCUGAUGAGGGUGCCCUACUUGUAGCAGGUCCUGUGCAUAUCACAUUUGAUUGUGUGACAUGAGAAGAGCUCUCCGGGCCUGUAAUAGGCACGUUUGAAGAUUGUCCGAGCCAGGAAACUUUGAACCGCGGGAGCUGCUUUGCUCCAACUGACACUCUUUUGAUUAUUGUCUGCUUUGACACAUAGUUAGAGUAUGUUGGAUCAAUAGUCGUCAUUCGAUAUUUGAGGAGUGGUGUUUGUGAUCGGUCGUUCCCAUCCCCUUGGCCUAUCAUGCCCAAUAGACAAGGUCGUGCAGGUCAUCGGUAACGAGGAGGGCCACGUCGCCAUCGCUUCUGCUCGUCAUCUUGUCAACAUCGAUUUGAAAUCAGUGCGACAUUCCUCAGCAAUAUCAAGAUUGCUCACAGUGCUAUACAGGUCGCAUGCUUGCUGUGAGGCCGGCAUUUGGAUACAAAGACCACGGGGGAAAGCUACUCGUAAAACAGCUCACUCAUUCUCUCUCUUCCUCAACUCCACAAAUGCUACGAAUUGGGAAUUGAUUUAGACAAAGUGGAGAUGUCUCGCUGCGGAGUUAUUUUCUAGCCACAAAUUCAUCAGGGGGACAGUAUGAGGAUAGAUUCAGUCUCUUACAGGUGGUAAUGGUUAUGCCUCCCACUGCAUCACCAUCGAGUGAUAGAUAAACAGAUGCAAUCAACACGAGGAGAGAAUAAUUCUACUUCAGAUUCGCCCGCUUCUGCACAAGCUUCACAAACACAAGAGUCUUCAUAUGGGACUACAUGGUACAUACUCCAGUCAUGGUGUGCGCUGGGUGUUAAUCCUUUGAAUGUAAUGUGAUCAGAAUUUCACUUACUUUGGAGUGAUCCUUAGCAUUGGAGCUCCCUUUUCAUCCUUCAUUUGUUGAGCUUCUCUCGUGAUACCAGGAGAACACGGGGUUACAGCACUUUUCAUAACGCAUUAAACCUUCAAGUUCAUGAUUGUGAUGUCACAGGACGGUAUUUAAAGACGUUCUCUUUGUCACUCAUAACCACAAUUCCCAUGGACGUGGAGCAUAGACAGAUGCCCAGGGCAAGGACAAAGCACACCUGACUGUUUUUUUUUCUGUACGAGAUAAACUUCAAUGCCAUUUCAGCAGAAGACAAACGAAUCAUCUCUUUUUCUCAGCUUCUAAGAUCAUUAUUGUUAUAUUUUGUUCAGUUUGGAUUUUUCUACACUUCAGCUUUAUCCACCCUCUUUAUGUGAUUGAAUGAUGAUUAUUCUUUAGCACCAACCUGUUGAAUUUGAAAAGUAAAAAAUCUCUACAAGGGACAGCAACUCUCUAAAUUUGCAGCAAUCUUCUAAGUGCAUUUGUUGCAUCAUUGGGUAUAUUGCUUCCUGCUCUAGGCAUAGUCCUUUUCCAUCUAAAUUACUUCAUAUUCGGUAAAGAGUGAACAUGAUUUUCCUGCAUUACUGUAGUUCUGCUGCAACUCUACUUUGCAAGAAUGUAAUUGAGGAAAUGUGUAAAGCUUGAAUACAGUUCAUUUGGAAACAAGCAUAUCUCACUAAUGGCCUCCAUUCAUCGUCCGGGCUAUUUAUAAAACUGAAAUCCAUCACUCACAAGCCUAGGAGAGCAUUUUUUCUUCCAGCAUUAGAUACAAACGCACUUUUGUGUCACGCUGCCAGCAUAAUCGAGGUGUUAGUUCCCUGGCUAAUAAAGCAAUGCCGAUUAUCUCUGCACUUGUGGAAAUCCAUCGUUAAUAAACGAGCAGUGAAUCACUGGCCAAUACAUAAAGAAUUUCUUUACUUAAAAAUAUGAAAUAUCUGUCUUUUACUUCGACGUACAGUGCAUUAACUAGUUCAUUAAACAUAGAGCCAGGUGAAACUGAUUCAUAAAGUCAAGCCCUGGCUGCAUAAAUAGCUGGUUGAAAAUCCUGAUAUUUGAGAGACUCAUAGUGAUGAAUCAAAUCCUGAAGAUAACUGUAAUAGAUGAUGUUGUUUGACAUAAUAACACACAGAAUAACAUAGAUGGGAGAGGAUCAUGCAAAUGUAAUUGUUCAAAGUGUUUUAGACUUUUAGUCCAUCGGUUGAUAUGAAGCGAGUGCUUUAAUGGAGACAUGUUCGUCGGAUGCGGUUUGAAUUGGGGCUUCCAUUAGCGUCAUACAUCUCAAAUAUCUUCAGCAUAUUGAGUAAAUUCCUUGUAAUUGUCUGUAGGGGUACUUCAGAGGAAGCAUUGCUGGUUGCAGUUUUAUUUGGAUUCAUCCCAAAAAUAAUAGAUGGAUUCACAUGAUAACAUUAUCUCACCAGGAAAAUGUUCUCCUUCUAGUUUUCAUAAUCUCAAUUAAAGGACUGAGUUACCUGUCUUCACAAAAGCAAAGGAAAUUUAAAGAUAACUCAUCUUUGACAAUAACAAGGGCAAUAAUAUAGGGCAAGUAAAAGUAUUGACUAAACUCUGUAUUUCAAAAGGUGACCAGAAUUAAAGUGAUGCCUUUCUAGCUAAGAGGAUUCUGAAUAAAAUAGAAGAAAAAUACCAGUCUCAGAGGCCACAUCUUAACAAAAUUUUCUUGAUAUAUUCAUUGCUGCCAAGGAAGUCUUAUUCUGUACUUGUUUGCUUCAGUUCCUUGUCAAAGUCAGACAUUCUUCACCUUGGAAUAGGUUUUACUCCAUUACAGGCUGAGAAUAUGAAGAAAUAGGAAGUGCAUGUUGUGGUAGUGACGCCAGCUUGUUCUUCAAAGAAAAAAUAGGAUUACAGAAGCAUCGGGAAAAUCAAGAGAACUAGAGUUAAUGACUGGAAGUUUUUUAGGCCACGAUCAGGGCCUUUUGAUUUUGACUCCAUCAAAAGAAGUGGAAAAUAUUACUUUGUGGAAAGGAGUAAUAAAAAAUACGGGAUAAUAAACGGGAACAAUUUUCUAUAUGCAAAACACGGAGGAUUAUUCUAGAAAUAUCAAAUGAAAUGAAAUAAGAUCACUACUUGUGAUUCCUACUAAAAACAAAUAUAUGUUGUUUAAAUUGCAUCUGGAGCUAGUUCCCAGGGUGAUAAAAUAUGUUUGAAUAUUCUAUUUACGUAUUGGAGCAUGCUGCUUUUCAACAAUCUUUUGAUUAAUCGUCUCCACUUCUAUGAAUCUAUGAAUACAUGUAUGCGUACUGGGAAGCUGUUGUUGUGAUGCAGGGCUUGGCAAGAGGAAGAAGCUAUUUUGCGGUACUUCUGUAAAGCCGAUUUUGAACAAAAUUAAAGAAACAGGAUCUUAUAUUCAGCAGAGCUCAGUCGCCACCAACCACUUGUUCUGUUUAUUGCCUCUUCACUAUAAUCAGUGGAAGAAUGUGCAGACCCAUAGAGGCAUGAAAAAAUAUUUGCCUUAAUGUGCGGUGGAAUCUUGGGGAAGUGGAUUGCUGCGAUGAUGCGUGAGGGCAAGUCCCCCUCGACUUUACUGAAACGACCCUCAGACAUCACGGUGCCUCCUCUCUUUAGGUUUAAAAUCUCCCAGGAUGCUUUCUUAGUGGCAACCCAGUGAUUUGCUGACAAAUAAGUACGACCAAGAAUUACAAAAUUCACCAUAAUUUUGCAGGUUUGUUUACUCUUCUUUUGUUCAGUAGGAUCAUUAGUUUUCUCUCUGUCAGGGAGCAUCGUACAGAAUGGUGUGAACUUCAUACUCAUAUCUGGGAAUGUCUCUUUAUCGAGCAUGACGUUAACAAGGAUCAACAAUGUUUGUGUGAAUUUAAAUGAGAAAGGCAUAACAUGGUGAAUCCAUCCUGAAUUUAAUAGCAGACAAUGAUAAACACAAAGUUCAAAUUAUUUAUGCUGGCAAGUGAAGGCAAAUAAUUGACAUUUUUUUUCAUUUUCACAUUAAGAAAAAAAGAGACACCUUGAGUGACACAAAGUAUAUGUCAUUUAUUCCCUGGCGGACAUUCUCUACCAAGUUUGGCCGUUUUUGUUUUCAAGACCCAGGCAUCUAUCUACGAAGGCAGGAAGCCCAUCCCUUUUAGUGGACGAUUUGCUGAAUUGUAAUGAAAAGAAUGCAGACAGAGCCCUUCUAUUCGAAGGGAUGCUUACCGGUUAGCGCUCUGGAAUAUUGACGAGGAGGAUGGUAGGUCUGUAUAACCUAGAUUACCAUGCCCAAUUUUGCUUCCCGUGUCUCUGAAUAAUAGAUGAGCCAAAAACUUCUUGAAUAUCUGGAGCAAGACCCUUUGCUGAAAAUAGGAAAGCGAGGAAAACCUGUGACUCCAUUUUCCGUUUAUUUCCCUUUCCACCUGUAAAUUGGAGGUGUAUUCAUCAGUUGGACACAUGUAGAACAGUCAGAAGUAGAUUUGAUCUUUUAGGGGAUUGAUUCUUUUGCAGAGGGACGACACACCUAGGCACCUGUAAUGAAAGUUUCCCAUCCUUUUCAUCAUGUCUCAUUGGAGCUUGAAAAUAUGAAGAAGUUGAUCAGCCCGGGUUUGGUGUGAAUUACAAAGUUCGUGCCGGAGUCCUUAUGCGCAUCCAUGUCCAACAUGGGCCAUGCACUAGAGAACUUGAUACACACAUAGCUAAGCGGCACAUUGGUUGGAUACGGGUAGAUAAGUCGGUGAGACAGGGAGAGAAAAGGAGAAAGGGGGUGGAAAAAGGAACGAUGCAAUUCGAAAUCGAGACUGUUAAUACUAGCAGAGUAGUAAUCCACCUUGCUCAUUAGAAGCAAGCGAUCAAUACAAGCUUUACCAAACUUAAAUAAACGACUGUCAUGCUCAUUCCUUCAGUUUGAGCAAAGUGAGGCAUCAGUUAACAAGGACUUUGGCACAGCCCAAGAAAGCUGAGAAGAGAAAAUCGAAAAUGUAGUGGAUUGGUGAUAACUUUGUGGUCGUCAUGAGUGAAUUCUGUAUUUACACUCUGUAUUGGUGAAGACAUUUAUUUGCCAAAUGGAGAUGUUAUUCUCUACUGAUAUUGAAGAAUGAUUUUAUCAGACUUGUUUGAAUAAAAUACCACCGGAAGGUUCUGCACUUUAUGUACUUAAAGUUGAAGUGAAAUUCAUUUAUUUCUGCCUUUCAUCAUAUUUCACGCUAAGACUACAGGAAACAUGAAAAUAUACUCUUUCAAACUCGAGAACAUUCUUGGAGACUAAUCUUUGAAUAAAUUGUCAGGGAACGCUGUCGCCUGGACCCUCAGUUUUUGGAGUAUCUGCGUGGUGUAGACUUACUCAGUAAAAGUGGACUGGAUGCAUUUGAUGGAAUGGAGGUUGUAGGAGUUAUUUGGCUGCCAUGUUGAGGCCAGUUGUUUGCAAGGUAUCAUGGCUGCUGUACAUGCCCAAGAUCAUUUGCUUACUACCCCACAUCAAAGGAAUAAUGAGCUGAUUGCACAAACACACUUUGGAGACUGCGAAUGCUGUAUCUCUGUUGAAGUUGAGGUCAGUCAACAGAGAAAGACUUGUGAAGCUUUAGAAAGGGACCUCAGUGACGAGAGACAGAAAUCAAAUCAAUUAGCCCUUGAUUUACAACAGGCUGUGAAUCAGAAUGCAUUUCUAACCAAACAGCUUGGAGAUCUGCACCGGAAACUUUCUCUUCUUGAUCAGGUACUAGAAGAAUGCCGUCAGUUGAGAGAAGACUUCACGGACCAGCGCCAAAUCCUUCACUCAACGAUCGCCGAAAGAGACUGGCUAAGAGACUCUGUCAUUAAAUUGAACAGUGACAUAGCACUGAUGCAGUCAUCUGAGGAAAAGCGUAAGCAGUUGGAGAGAGAUUAUGAGGAGGCACUUAGAGACCUGGAAGAAAGGCAGAGUGAGAUUAGGAGAUUACAGAUGGCUCAGGAUGAGGUUAUGACUCAGAACCGAGAUGUCGUAGCCAGGCUAGAGCACAAGGUCCAGAACUUGGAGAAGCAAUGGAUAGAGACUCGUCAGAACUCUGGAAGGAAUGCUGCUGAGCUGAGUGGUCUACGUCAGCAAACACACUCACAGUUACAAACACUUCAAUCUUCAGCAUCUAGAUCAUCAACUGGACAGAACUUGGGUUCAUCGACAGUGAGAAGCAAAGAAACUGAAAAGGAAGAUUGGAAGAAGAUAGCAGAAGAGGCUGUUGUAACUAGGACGCCCUCUCAGGUGACGGCAGCUGCUUCUGGUUCAAAACUAAAAUCACAAGAUGCAGCUGAUUUAUCACAGGCUUCUGAGAGCUCACAAAGGUCUGCAGCAAGAAAUGGUCAGACGGAUUCUAUUAGUGAGCCAGGUGAUCUCCUAGAUGAGCUAAGUGACAAGAUAGACCAGGUCUUGCUAAAUAAACUUCACCAUGCUUCUGUUUCCUCUGGACCAAUCAGCAAGCUUGCUGUUUUCAUCGCCCGCUACAACUAUGACCCCUCCCAAGACUCCCCAAAUGACAACUCUGAUUCCGAGCUUCCACUAACAGCUGGCGACUAUAUUUAUGUAUAUGGUGAUCCUGAUGAGGAUGGUUUCUAUGAAGGUGAGCUAAUGGACGGUAGGAGAGGUCUAGUCCCAUCUAAUUUCAUUGAGAGAAUAGCAGAGGAAAAUCUUCCAGACUUUAUGCAAUACAAUGGCUCACAGGGGGACGACACAGACAGCAGCAGUCGAAAGAUUGCUCCAAAGGCCACACCCUUGGUUGCCAAGGUACCACCCAUCAAAACCACUACCAUAGCAACCAGCGAAGACACGCCCAAAGCAUCUGCAAUCAUUGAAGAAGAAGAUCCUCUGAGUGAUCUUGACUUCAACAGUGAAGAUUCAGAUGCAAGGCAUUCAAAUAUCAACCAUUUUUCAGGUGAUCUAGGAUUUGCUCGUGCUCAGAGUGAUCAUCCAAGUGAUCUAGAAGAUAUCCCAGAAGUAGAUGAAGAUGAUGAUAACCAUCAUGUAGCUGGUCGUCGUGGUGAUGAUGCAAGCCUCGCAUCCUUUAGUGAUUUUGGCAGUGAUGUGUCUUAUGUUGUUCCCUUUCCUAGGAAACUGUCUCUAGAUCGUCAAUUGAAGCACAGUGUCAUCAUGUCGUGGGUAGCACCUGACACUGUCACCCUACAGGAGAUCCAGGAGUUCCGAGUCUAUGUUGAUGGCCAGUACCGUACUGCCACCAAACAGGGAGCCAAGACAAGGGCUUUGGUGGAGAAUGUAGAGCCAACAGGGACGUACAGGAUCUCGGUACGCACUGUCACAGCCAAGGGCAUGUCUGAGGAAGCAGCAUGUAUGCUGGUCAUAGGCAGGGAUGCUGUGAUGGCACCUACUAAUCUGAAAGCUUCCAAUGUUGGCCCUAGUUCAGCCAAUAUAAGCUGGCUUCCAGCUAAUAGUAAUCUUCCACAUGUCGUCUCCGUCAAUGGUGAGGAGGUACGAACCGUCAAACCGGGCAUCUACAAGUAUUCACUUACAGGUCUCCAACCACUGUCAGUAUACAGGGUCAAUGUAAGGGCCAAGAGUCGUCGCCAGACUGCUGUGCCAGAUAAUCCUCAAGCAAGCAAAAACUCUGUAGAGAUUGAGUUCAAAACUCUUCCAGGAGACCCAUCAAAAGGAUUACCUGAUGCACCUCUAGAUGUCCAGGUUAGGCAAGCAACCAAUGACUCGUUAGUGUCUGUUGAAUGGUUACCGGUUACCAUAACAACAUCAAGUCUUUCAAAUGGUGCUGUCAUCAUGGGAUACGCUGUCUUCAUCAACAAUAACAAGGUGGCAGAAACAAUGUCUCCUACAGCUGACCGUGUGAACAUUCCUAAAUCUAAGCGCCGCAUGCUAUCUGCUAAGGAGCUGGUCGUGAGAACAUUGUCUCCCAAUGGGUGUUCUAAUGACUCCUUACCAGCAAAGAUCUCAUCAGAACUCCUUGAAGAAUCAAGAAAAGACAAAAUGACAGGGAAGGUCACAUCAGGAGGCAAGCGUCGAAAGAAAGUCACUUUUGAUGAUGAGGACCCUCUUGCCAAAGCAGCUAUGUAUGCUAACGCUGAUGAUGAGGAUAGUUCUACCAGUAGUACAAGCAGGAGUAUAUCAGGUAGAAGGUCAUCAGAGGAAGAUAGCAUGCAGAAAAGCAGUCUAAAGAGCUCUUUAAAAGCAGAUGGAUCUCCAAGGGAGGAUGCUCUACCACUCAAGCCCAUCAUGAAAACUGAGAAACCAGGUGCAUUGAGAGAAUCUGACUACAUGUCAGACAGUGAUCGUUCUGAGCUAUCUGAUAUCCAGGAAGAAGUUGAAGAGGAGCUGUCAGAGUUUGGAAAUGCCAGCCUUCCCGGUCUUAGUGACAGCAGUGAAGGAAUGAGGUCAUCUGGUAGGAGGAGAAUGCGAGGGGAUGAUGAGAAGAGAAAAGUCCAGGAGACGCUUCAAGUGCUGCAGUACAACACCAAGCCAUCGCUAGACUUUGACACAGACCCAGAGGUAGAGUCUCUAAACAAACCAGACAAAGUAGUACCUAUCCCCAUCAUACGAUCUCAGAGGGACUAUGAGAGAGAGACAGAACAAUCCCCCCACAAUCCAGUGGUAGAACCCGUACCAUGGAAACCAGCAAAGAAAGUUCCACAAAUUGAAAUAACCAAAGAUGCCAAUAAUGAACAUUUAAAAGCUGCUUCCCGUAAAACAGACUUGUACAAUCCUGAGAAAAGAACUGAAGUAGUUGGAACGAACUCAGUCUCGUCUGCCUCAAACUCACUGCCAAUGGCUUCACCGAGGUCAGACCCAAGGGGUCAAUCAAGGACACAGGGUCAAAGGUCAAAUUCACAAUGGAACCCUUCAUCAGUAGCGAGUAGUAACAGCGAUGUUGGGAGUUAUGAUAAAAACUAUGAUGCCAAAUCUAAUAAUGAUAGACAUCAUCGUCAAGCGGAUGGGAGACCUCAGAGUGAAUCGAGCAGUCAUCGGCGAAGCGAUAGCAGCGAAAGAACCCGCCAUAGUAGACACAGUGACAGUCUAAGAACACCUGAAAGCAGUCUGAGUCUUCAGAGAUCAUCCAGAGGAUCCCGAUCAGAGGAAACAUUUGAUGAUGAAGAGGAGGGUUUUUCAGGAAGUGAACCUGAAGAAUUGUUUGAUGAUGGAACAAUACGAUAUUUCAUUGCUAUAUUUGAUUACAAUCCUGCUAUUAUGUCACCCAAUAUUGAUGGUGCUGAAGAGGAAUUAUUCUUGAAGGAAGGAGACGUUCUGAAGAUCAUUGGCGAUAAAGAUGCUGAUGGAUUCUUUGUUGGUGAGAUGAAUGGUCGCCGUGGAUACGUACCAUGCAACAUGGUGGAAGAGAUCGAAAGUCCGGAGCAGACGCCUUUAGCAAAGCGAGGAGAUUUAUCACAGAGCCAUGAUAGGUCAAGAUUCAAUGACAGUCUGAACACAACUGGUAGUAGCCAAGUCAACAUGUAUGACAGUCUACCUUCCAAUGGACAGCUGGCUAUUCCCAAGGAUGCUACACCUCACCACAUGAGGGCGCUCUUUGACUAUAACCCGCAGGAACUGUCCCCGAAUCCUGACCUUGAUAUGGAGCUCAGCUUUCGUCAGGGUGAUAGCCUGAUCGUUUAUGGAGAGAUGGAUGAAGACGGCUUCUUUAUGGGGGAGCUUCGAGGUAAAAGAGGACUGGUGCCUUCCAACUUCCUUGAAGAAGUGUCUGACAUCGACUCCAGCACGACUUCACAUUCCUAUAGCCCUGCCUUCAACAGAAACAAAGAAAAUAAACAAUCCACCAAAGACAAGUACGCAGUCCCAGCCCAGCAGCAGGAGAACGGCGAAGCGCAGUACCACGGGAGUGAGGUGACCCCAGUCAUUUCAGACUCAGCAGAACAGACUUCCAUAACAUCCACUCCGGAGCACUCCAAGAAGAAGAAGGGUCUGCUGUCCAAGGGCAAGGCUCUUUUCAAGAAACUUGGAAGCUCCGAUAACAAGCAGAAACAUAAAUGAUGGGAUGGCACGCUGCUAAAGGAGUUGUACCAAGAUGGCUCUGACCUUGUGAGGAUUAUUGAGAGGGUCAAAGUCCAUGAGGGACUAGCAUGAAUCCUGCAUUUCUCUAUGUCUGCUUGCAACAGAGAAAGACCAAUCAUGGCAGAGACCAGUAUCCGGGAUAGGUGCCCUUGAAACCAAGGUCCCAACUGUAAUGGCUUGAUUGCUAGUAUUUCCUCAAAAAUGUUGAUAUACCACAGAGAAAUUCAAAGUGCCCAGAUGCCAAGUGUCUUCUUGAAAUCAAAAUUGGAGCUGUUGUCGGCUAUCUAUAUUUAGCCCAGUCUGGUGAUAUCUGAAUCCAUAUCCUACUGGAAUGCGGUGAACCCUGUGUAAAACCUAUAGGACUUAUAGAAUACAGUAGUCACCGGGUUAACUUGUGAAGGACAGGGGCAACGAAGGAUGAUUUGUCUGGUUGGAAGUCCUCUUCACCAAAAAGAUAAUCAACUUACUAGUAGAGCAGACUCGAUUUCAAAAGUACUAAAGUUGUUUUGUAGGUGGUUGUUUAAGAUGAACUUAUUCCUGGACAUUCUAAGAGGGUUGUCUGUGGAGUUCCCUCAAAAAUCAUUAAUGUGGACAAAAUAUAUGACUCGAAACAAAUAUGGUUGCAAGUGGCAAUCACAUCAUUUUACGUGAAUUGUGUAUUGGAUGCAUAAUAAUAUAAAUACUUUCAAUAUUUGAAUAGUUUGUCAAAAAUGGUAAUUCGUCAACAUCAUGCAAGUGUGUAUUGAACCAGUGCUGUUGAUGGUUUAUAAUAAUAAAUCUAGAUGUUUUCAACAAGAAUAUGGUUUUUAAAUCUAUUUUCAUUAUUGGAAAUAAAUUCCAAAUGAAUGAUGCUCAAUGAACACUUUGAGACAGUGCUGAUGAUGAAUGCUGUGCCAAAAUUGAACAGAAAAGCUCAUCAAAUUUUCAACACUUUAGUGCCAUAUGAUUUUAAGACUGUUAGUAAAAUCACGGGUUCAUUAAUGCAUUUACUUCCACUUAAAUUCUUUGAUGAAAUUGUGUAGAAUACCUUCUUUCUUCUUUUACCCCCUUCUUGUUGACCAACAUGUUUAGUACAUCGGUCUCCCCUUUCUUCUCUAUCACUCUCACAGUUUCUCUUUUUCUCUCUCACUCUCUGUCUCAUUUCAAUUACUCUAACAUUCAGUUCAAAAGGUGCUUGAUGUAAUUCAUUUGACAUCCUACCAUUCUCAAUGCAUUUGAUGCCUGUAUAAUGUAAGAAAAGUUAAUAGAAUGAUGAUCAUUUAUAGUAAUCCUGAUUCCGAUACACUCACAUUACUAGCCAACCAUUUGACAAAUAAACAAGAGUUAUAAGAUUGAAUGCAUCCAGUGUGCUUUGCUCAUAGUAAAUGCUAUUGGAUAUUAAUUAAGUACCUAAUUGUUUUUAGGAAAAUCUUGUAUUCCGAAAAUUUUGAAGAAAAAAAAGUAUCAAAGUAUCAACAAAUGCAUAUUUCCCUGUGACUGAUUUCAUUUCAAAUUUUCCUUAGUUGAUUGAAUGUACAAUUCUACAAGGUGGAUGUUGAGUUUCUCACAUCAUCAGUACAAUCUAUGUUUCUAUAUCUGCUGAAGUAACUUUAAUUUUUAUGUCCUUAGUAGGCCACUCUGUGAUUGUAUUGAAUAUGCUGGCUUUUGGUAUACAGGCCUCAUGAAUUGAAAUUGAAUGCAAGAAAAAGUGUUCCAGCCUACAGCAUCCAAUUUGAGAAGAUUGUUGCAUCUACUUCUAGCUACAUUCGUGAAAACUGUAAACCAUAUUGAAUAGCAGUAGAUUUAUCAAGAUAUAUAUAUUAAAAAAUCAUUGUAGCAGAAUUACUCUCUUUUAUGAAGUUAUAGACAGCAAUAUAUUUUAUUCAUUUGCUGUCACUUGAUUCAAUAGAAACUGAAAAUGUUUGUUCAAAAUAUGAGGGGCUUUUCUUUUAAUGUCCAAGUAUUGCUUUAUUUGACCAAGAGGAAAGUAAUUAUUAAGAGGAUAUAUAAUCAUGUAACUGGUGAUAAAAAGUACUAAAUCAGAGGUAUGUGAAUGUUCUGCAAAGCUCAUAUAAUUUCUUGGUAUUGCAUGCUUACCAACAAUCAUGUUUAAGUCAUUGAUUCUUGCCAUUUAAACUUCCGAAUGAUCACCAAUAUUAUACAUGUGUUGCCUGUGUUAUUGGUCAAUUCCAUGAAUACUUUGGAAUCAGGAGUAGAAAAUUAAUACAUUCCUACGAUACCUUGUGUGUAAUGUACUAAAUACGCAUUCCAGUGCAGUGUACUGCCAUGAUUAUGCCAAUGUCUUCACUUAUAUGAAGAUAAUAAUGAAUGAUGAUAUAUCAAUUAUGUAGUAUGUUAAAAGUCUAUAGAGCGCUAUGUCCAUGAUGUAAUCUUUUCUGAUAGGCAGGUAUUUCUUAAAUGAAUGUGUUUUCAUUAUACUUGUGCAUUUAAUUGUGCAUUAGAUAUUUGAUAGAAUGUAUUUAUUUCAUCUUGUGUACAUCCUUUAGUGUGAAGCUUUGAUGACAAGUUGGGGGAUAUGAUAUUUUACAACAGCAUAAUGGGAUGUAUGUUUGAAGAUUGAUUAUUAAAUUUUGAAUGGACUAAAAUAAAAUAAAAUGACAAAUCUAAAAAGAUAGGGGAAAAUGGUGAACCAUAAUGCAUUUCUUUUAAUGUGCUUGCCAGGGUGUAAAGUCAUAGAUAAUAAUGAAAAUGACUUAGGCUUGUUUUGAAAGUUAAUCAUCUGCAAAAUGUACUGAAUGUAUUAGUAGCAAACAAUAAAAUGAAUUGUAUUUUAAGGACAUGUAGAAGUAGUGUAUUGUCAUCCAGAUCGUUAUUUUGAAUGCUAAGAUUAUUAUUAUUUUAUCCUGAUAAGUUGUCUUCCUCUUAGAUUUAUAUCUGUGUGUCUGACCAGCCUUUAUAUGUAAUGAAUUGAGAUGUAGUUUUCUUAUAUUUAUGCCAUGCAAA